UAUAAAGCACAGAGGAUGUGAGUGUUGCAUUGCUGGUGCUGAGGAACUGUUCCCAGAUUCACAAGAGGCCACUGUCCCACCUGCAGCCGUCACUCCUGCUUUUGUAUAAUUCCUUAUAUAAUCUAUAAAUUUGGGGCUCUGCAGCAAACUUUGCAUUAACUGGGGGGAGGGGGGUGAAUUAGAAGAGAUUCAGCCUGAUGUGAUUGUGCCAUACGAGGACAAGCGGGGAACCUAUAACAGAAACAUCCUCACGUAACCGUGAUGUCAGAUUAUUCAUCAUGCUCAUCGAUACUCCCUCCAGACGGAGCAGCUGCCCCACUCCCUGCGCCCACAUGCAACAGACGGCUCCUGUUCUGCAGGGGGGACGCUGGCUGUCCCGCUCGGAGCUGCAGAGGCUGAUGAUGAGUACGAUUUGGCUGGGAGGAAAGGCAUUCCCGUAGCACACCUGAGCUGAUUUGGAGCGGUGGGCGCGCGCGCGCGGCGCAUCGUUUUAGAGGCUGCGUUCCGUCUUCGUGGGAUCCAGAGAUGACGCCCCGUCUGCUGGGCGGCGGGACAACCAGGACCUUUCUGUCAGGAUGCUUGAUUUCAGCUUGCCAAGCCCUGCAAAGCUGCGGGGACGUCCAGUGCGUCGAUGGCCAGCAGUGCUGUCCGCCCACCGUCUCCGGUAACGGCAGCGCCACCUCCGCGGUGCGCUGCUGCAAGCUGCCCAUCCACGUCUUCUUCGACAACGUCGGCUGGUUCACGCGGAAGCUGUCGGGCAUCCUGAUCCUGCUGCUGCUCUUUGCCAUGGGCUACUUCAUCCAGAGGAUCAUCUGCCCCCGGCCCCGCCGACCCCAGAACCACGACCACAGCGAGGAGCCCUCCCUCUUCCACGGCCACACAUCCGCGUCCCAGGAUUUCCUUUUGGACCGGUACCCCGAAUGCAACCUGGGGGACUUCGCCUCCCCGAACCUGCCAGCCUACGACGAGGUGAAAUACCUGCCCUCGUAUGAGGAGAGCAUGCAGGAGAUGCACAGAGACCGGUCCGAUGACCAUCUGCUGUUGGACAGCGAGAGGGGCGGAGAGGGCAGGGGGAGCAGAACCGGACCGAGGUCCGGACAGCCGACACCGGAUCUGCUGGAGGAGACAGGACCACAGCAAAGCCCAAGGACAGCUCGGAACUCCGUCUGAAGCUGGACACAAACUGAGACAACAGUAUUACUCACUCAUCACCAUCAGGGGACGUUUGCAGAUUCACAAACUCAAGUGCAAUUAUAAUAAUCCUGAAUGUUCGGAAUAAAAGAGGAGGCUGAGAGAGAUUGUGAGAUUAUA